CAAUAGCUACUUUAUUUCUUUGUUAUCUAUGAAACUCGUCAUUGCAUUGUGCUAAGUUAACGUUCUUGAUUUUGUCUGUCGCGUGUGUUGGCACCCUGUCAAUACUGACCCUAUGCAUAGCGGGCGGGGUGCCUGUGUGGGAGGCAAACGCCCAUCGGAUGCGCGUGUGCUAUUGUGAUAGAGUAUGCGUUUUGGCACGUGUCAGUGAAUAUCUGUUAAAUUACAAUUAAAUCUUUGUCACCAAAAUGAUGUCACCAAAACUAAAAACGUUAAAUAAUCGUAUUGUAUGCCUUACGACAGUGAUCAUGAAUAAUUAACAAAAACGCAUCAGAAGAUAACCGUUCGUCACAAGUCGCGGCAGUGGACAUAGGGAGUUGUAGUAUUUAGAUUCGAAAAUCCUUCCUACUGGCAUGAACGAUGGAGGUUUUUGUAAAACUACAUAUCCCAAACUGCUCCUCACAUCCAUACGGAGCAAGGGAAUGUUUGCUUCCGAUUGCUCCUCAUAUUACAUGAUGGGAACUGCUCCAAUGGGUAAUGAAAGAAAACCCUAUCAAGGGCGGGGUUAGCAUUUUAAGGCUAUCUAUUGGACCAGAACAUAUCUAAGGCGGGACCAGCUGUUAGCAUGAUUUUGAUGCCUAGAUUGGGGCGACGCGCGCCGCCUGUCGCUACUUGAGUAUAGUGCCACUGUGUUUGCUCGCCCUGCUCUCGCGCUGCAGUGCGGAGAAAAUGUGAUGGUAGCAGCGCAAGACGAUCGGCAAGGCUGUAAAUAUCGUGAUAUUGCAUAUCGAAUGCUUUAUGCCAAGGGUCCCAUGGAUGUACUUCAAUACAGUAGGCUGCAGCAGUGACAGUUUCAUGUGCCCGGUUAUACAGUAACGUAACACAGCUAGGCUGCAUGGAAACGAUUCGCUGUCAUUGGCUAGUUACCGUGAUGUAGCUGUUGGAUGGUACUGUCUAAGAAUUACCAUUUGUAUUCUUAAAUACAUGCUCGCCGCUCCGGCGCGUGACGACAUUUUGUAGACCUAUCGUAGGCUACUUUGAUAUAGGCUGUGUUUAUGUUUUGUUUUACCUCGCUGUGGUGACAGUCGCCUAAAUGGUGUCCUGACAAGACAAGAAAAUUAGUCAGUUGAAAAUCUUGCCUGUAUAUAUACCAUGCCAUAUAUUAUAUAUAUAUCCCAUUAAAUUCAUAUCAACGUUAAAAUGUCAGAGAGGUACUUGUCAGUUUUCCACCGGUACCUCUGCAGUUCUGCGCUACCAAAGAUGCUUAAGUAGACACUGCGCCCCCGCACAGUCCCCGAUGAAGGUUAGCAGAAAACGAAAAGGAACAUAGCGCUAUCUCACCCUUUGCGCCAGGUAAAUGACACAUCUCUGGCUUUAUGCAAGCAUUCUAGCUAGCCUGCUGAUUAUACUAAAUUAUUUUUACUUCUACAUAUUGUGCACUUCACAUACACGGACAGCAGCAUUAUUUAUCCUGGUCUAGGCUCCGUUGCUUAUUAGUGUCUUGGAAUAAAGCACUGUGAUAUAAUGGCUUUGAUAUACACAUGCAUCAAGAUUUUUUUUAUUCUCUCAUGUGAUACACCCGUAUACAAUAUAAUUGUGAUGCGAUAUAUAAGCGAAUUAUUUGGUAACCAUUGAUUCGAAGCUUGGAGCCUUCUGUCUUUUGUUUAACAUGCAGGUUUAAACUUUAAAAAAGUUUAGCAUUAUGCAGACACAUGAAAUCAUUUUAAUGCUGUCACUUUCUAAAAAUGCUAAAAUCUAGUGAGUAACAGGUGAGGCCAGUGUUUCUGUCAGGUUCUUAGAACAGUGACCAACUCCUCAGUUAUCUCAGUGUCCAUGAUGUGUCUCAGUAACUGCAGGCUUAACUGACCAUGUACCCUUAACCCACCACUAUCCGUAGUCAUGUUGUAGGCCAUUUUAUCUGGAAUGAAAUGUAAGACAUUGUAUGACAGUGACAUUGUCAGAUGCAUUGUUGGACAGGUCCUUUUAAUCGCUGCUGACAGGGCUGUAUGGAGAGAGAAUUGAACUGGAGAAGGUUUGAGAGGUUUUCCCAAUGGUGGUCCUUCUGGUGCUGCUCACAAAGCACUAGUCUUUUCCUUUUUUCUCGAUGGCAGGUUUCCAGUUCUUUCACAUAGACAGGAGUGACAAGAGCAGUGAUGCUUUUAAGUAACGUGGAGGUUGUUUUACACAGGGGAUCUCAUAGCCGAGGAGCUUUGUUUGGCAGAGUAUACUGGGUGUACCCUCAGAUGUGCAUUAGAUGGAACUGGUGCUGUUUGGUAACUAGUGGUCCAAUGCAAAGGGGUGACAUGAAUUAAAGGAUGUUUGUUUAUUUUUUCAGGCAUGAGAAAAGAUGACAUCAUUUGAAUUGGUACCACAGCAUUAGAUAGCUUUGACCCUCUGGCUGUAGGGUAUUGUUUGAAGAUUUAGACAGGGAAUUUGUGAGUAGUCAAUAGUAAUGGUCUAGAUCUGUCACCUAACCAACUGACAUCUGAGGAUUUGAGUGACUUUGAGGAUAUUUUUUUGUCUGAGGGAAACUGCUGGAGCCUCGAGCAUACUGGUGCCAAAAAUAGCUUCUUACUCAUCUCUGAGAAGCAGAAAAAAAUUACUGUACGCCAUUCAUAACAAGACGCCUUACUGCUUCAUGUGGAUCUCAAAUGCAUUUGGCACAUUCUAGAAGCCUCUUUUCCACAGACUAGUGCUUUCAAAGCCAUAACAGCUAGGAGAAUGAAUCAAAGAUCAUUCAUUGUCAGAGGAGAACAAAGCUCAUUUAUAAUAUAAUAAUUGUCAGGUUUUAAUGAUAAUUUAGAUAUUCUAAAUGUGUUCUACACUCUGCACUGGAAGACAGAGGAACAUAAUACUGUCUUCUUUCUGUUUAAAUGACCAUCUGUCUGAGCCUGAGAAUUGAUAUCUGAUACUCCUCAAAGCUUUGGGCUGGGUGUAGUCUGCAGCCUGUAAGGCACCAGUCACCCAAGCUAAGGGGAGCUGAUGCAUCACACGAUUUGCAUGUCUUGGAUUGAGAUACUGGCAUGCUGUGACUCUUUGUCAGGGAGGUUCACACGCAGGAGUCACUAAGGAGAGCCAGUAGGUACAGGCAAUUAGGCAGAGCCUGCAUGUUUUAAGAGGGACCGAUGAUGAAGAUGUUCACGUGAGUGUGCCGUUAACAGGCAGGCGUGGUACGCUGCAGACAGUGGAGUCAUACACAUACAGAUUCAAAUCAUGAGCAAUAAACAGUCAUCUGUCUUCUGUGAAAUAUCAGUAGUGUUAGAGGCCGUAUUUUAGAAAUUUGUUUUAUUUUGCCUAUUUGUUAGAAUUCAGCCCCGGCGUGUUCUUUUUACUCUUGCCAGUUUGGGCACAGGUGUUCAUUGUGAAGUCCUUCAAAAUGUUUUAUUCAACCCCAGUGCUUGUUUGUUCGUGUGUGCAUUGUUAGAAUGUGCAAGUACACUAACGGGUAAGGCUGGAACUUGCUGCUAUACAGUUCAUUUGUCCAAUCUAAAAUGACAUCAUAGGCAUUUAUGCAAUAUGAAUCAUCAUCUGCAUAAGGUUCGAUGAGCAAUGGAUGUCAGCAGGACUUCUGUCUUAUUCAUCCAUCAAUCAAAACUUUUUGCCAUCAACUUAUCUGCCUCUGAAAUAUAGUAUGUCAAGCUGUUAACAUCUUUCCUGUCUGAUUUCCCCCUCAGCAGUAUUUGUUUGUACAGUUUGAUUCUGAUAACUUCAUAAGGUCUAGGGGAGUUGUCCAGUUUAUUGUAUAACACUGUAAGGGUAAGUUAGUCUUUACCGAAUGUAUUGGUCUUGAAUGAGUGUGUUUGGUGUUGCAGGUAAAUGGCUGGGUGCAGCAGGCAGCAGUGCCCCUCUCUAGCCGGCAAAUGCAGUGUGUAGGGCCUGCUGUCCAGGGCGACGUCAACAUGAACGGGGUGGGGGAGCAGGUGGACAUCCUGCCACCAAACUGCAUGGUAAAGGAGCGCUGGAAAGUGCUCAAGAAGAUUGGGGGAGGGGGGUUUGGGGAAAUCUAUGAGGCACUGGACUUGCUGACUCGGGAAAAUGUGGCACUGAAGGUGGAGUCGGCCCAGCAGCCCAAACAAGUGCUCAAGAUGGAAGUGGCUGUUCUGAAGAAACUCCAGGGGAAAAACCAUGUCUGCAAAUUUAUCGGAUGUGGACGAAAUGAAAAGUUUAAUUACGUGGUCAUGCAGCUGCAGGGGAGGAACUUAGCUGAUCUGAGGCGCAGUCAGCCUCGGGGGACCUUCUCCCAGAGCACCACGCUCCGCCUGGGCAAACAGAUCCUGGAGUCCAUAGAGGCCAUCCACUCAGUGGGCUUCCUGCACAGGGAUAUAAAGCCUUCAAACUUUGCCAUGGGCCGACUGCCGUCGACAUAUAGGAAAUGUUUCAUGCUGGACUUUGGGCUGGCAAGGCAGUACACCAACACCAGCGGAGAGGUGCGGCCGCCAAGAACCGUGGCAGGAUUCCGUGGGACAGUCCGAUAUGCCUCUGUCAAUGCUCACAAAAACAAAGAGAUGGGUCGUCAUGACGAUUUGUGGUCCCUGUUUUACAUGCUGGUGGAGUUCACUGUUGGUCAGUUACCAUGGCGAAAAAUUAAGGACAAGGAGCAGGUGGGCCAGAUCAAGGAGCGCUACGAGCACAAGAUGCUGCUCAAGCACAUGCCUUCAGAGUUCUACAUCUUCCUGGACCACGUGUUGGGGCUGGACUACUUUACCAAACCAGACUACCAGUUGCUGAUGUCAGUGUUUGACAUGAGUAUGAAGGACAGAACCAUUACUGAGAACGAGCCCUAUGAUUGGGAGAAAACAGGGACAGAGCCCAUGCUGUCAACCAGCACACCUGCCCCAGCCCAGCCCAACACCAGACAGACUGCAGCAGUGGCAGGAGUGGUCAAUAUAACGGCAGUUCCUGGGGAGCUGCCACGAGAGACCACGGACGACGUGCUGCAGGAUGAGCACCUAGGUGACCAGGAGAAUGCCCCGCCCGUCCCGGCACCCUGCAGGCCCGGCGAGGCCGCCCAUCCCCCACCCGAGGGAGAGACUGACACUGACUUCAACCGCAACAAACUCAGGAUCAGCAUCAGCAAGACACCGGCGGCUUUGGAGGAGGAUGGGCAAGUUGGAGGUCCAGGCUCCGCUGAGGCCAAAGGCGGUGCUCCGGAGUCCCCCGGCGGACAGGUACCUCAGGUCCUCAGGUACCGCAGGGUCAACAGCCCAGAGUCGGAUCGCCUCUCCGGGGCUGGUGGCGCAGCAGACGCCUACGCAGGACGGUCUCGCAUGGACGUCCUGUGCUCCCCGUCUCGAUUGGUCUACUCCUCCCAGCCGGCCCAGAUGUUCUCCCUGGACGCGGGGCAAGGCGAGCGGCAGAUCAGUGGUCGCCACGACGCCUCGGUGGACGCCGACCAGGAGGCCCACAGCAACGCGUUCAUCCACUCGGUGCCGCUGGCCGAGGAGGAGGACUUCGACAGCAGGGAGUGGGUCAUCAUCGACAAGGAGAUGGAGCUGAGGGACUUCCUGCCAGGGGCCGAGCCCACCAACUCGGGCACUACGGACGAGGAGCCCGAGGAGCUGAGGCCCCUGGAGGACCACGAGGGGAGGAGGAGGGGACACGACGGCGUGGUGCGGCCCAAGACCCACUCUGCCGAGCGCGCGCGCUGCAUGAUGGCCCUCAACGACGGGGAGGGCGCAGGGCCCAGCCCCGCCCACUCGCCCUGUCACUCACUGCCUCACACGUGCCCCAGGAGGAGGGAGUCUGAACCGUUUGGACCUCACAGACAGUUGGAGGAGGACAGGCCACACCCCCAACACUCUUUCCCGAGGCCCGCCCAUUUGAGAAGAUUGGCGUCGUAUGUGUUCUCCUCCAAUUCCAUGGAGACGGAGCCCUUCCCCCACGACCCCGCCCUGGGCAGUCCGGCCAUUCAGCGCAGCCGCUCGGCCGAGAGCAGCCCCGCCCACGCCCACGCCCACCGGCACGCCCGGCGACACAUGCCCCUGUUGCCAGGCAACCCAAGGGCCCGGCACUCUGUGCUCAACCUGUCGCGCCUACACUUCCAGCAGAUGCUGGCAAAACUCAUGAACAAAACGUGAUGUGCACUCACACUCACGUACAUAUACACUUACACAUACACCCAGUCCUAUACUGUAAAUGUUUGGUCCAUACACACGUGCACUCUCUACACUCUCUUAUCACUUCAGGAGAGCUUCCUCUUUCUUAUAAACUGUCAAGAAAAGGAAGAACAAAAGACCUUUAUCCAUCUGCUUGUGCAAUAAAAGUAGCCCAGGAGCUGUGUGUGUGUUUGUGUGUGUGUGUGUGUGUGUGUGUGUGUGUGUGCGUGCGUGUGUGUGUGUGUGUGUGUGUGAUCCUGAGUGAAAGUGGGAGUCUGGUUACACUCUGGAAGAGGGAGACAGAGAAAGGUCACUUGAUAUCUGUGGCCACUGAGCUUUCAAAAUGGCUGCCAAGAGACAUAGAACAAGGGAGAAAAUGCCAGAGAUUUGACUGUAUAUACAUUUCUUUUUAUGCAAAAAAAAUAUUGUAUUGUUUUUAAAGCUCUUGUAACGGACAGCUGUGAACCUGCACGCGCUCAGUAGUGGGGAACAGGAUGAAAUGGCAAACACCUCUUAACAUGGAAACACAGCCACCUAUGCAUUUGCACCCUCCUCAUAGCCAUCAUCACUGCUCUCUUCAUUGCAUUAUGAGUUGGGCCCUUUGAGCGCUCACCGAAAUCCUCAAGACACACACAGAACCUACGACAGGAAGAAACAAAUCACUGUUUAGAGGAGACAAAGCCACUGUGGUGAUGGAGCUUUUGUCGAAGCUGUCGUAGGUGUGCACGUGUUCCUUUUGAGUCUGUGAGCCUCUACAUUCCUGAUCACUUGAAUAGGCUGAGGAGCCGUAACAGGCACCGAGCUUUUCACCGUCUUCCCGCCUCCCUCUCAGCACACACCUCAGGAAUGAGGCAGCAUCCUGCUGAGGGCUGAGCGAUGCACUUAGUGUCUGGUCACUUUCAUGAAAUGGAGAUCAUAGCAGAUAAAUUGAGCAAGAUGGAGGAUUAAUGACUGUGGAAAAGCGUGCAGUCACUGACAACUUGUUUCUGUUUUUUUUUGUCUUUGCUUUUGUGUCAUUGCACUUUUGAAAUCAUGUUUUAACACAAGGAAAGACAUAGCAUGGAUUGUGCCAUCAGAACAUGAUGAUGCACACCAUUUUGUUUUGUGUGUAGGUGGGAGUGUGCUUGUUUCAUGUGUAUCGUGUGGGUUGUUUUUCUGUGUGUUCUUUGUCUUUAUGUGUGAGUAUGAACAUGUGCGUCCUGUGCUGACGUGUGUGUGUGGGGUGGGUGUGUUUGUGUGUUUGUGUGUGUGUGUGUGUGUGUGUGUGUGUGUCUGUCUGUCUGUUUGCGCUAUUUCGGAAGGACACGAGAAGGGCAGAGGCUGCACACUAAGCACUUUCCCUUUGGGCACUAAGACAUCAAUAUGACCCCCAGUGCAUCUGGCCGCCUACUCUAUGACCAGUUUAGGGCGCGGGCAGCAGUGAGUUAAUGGAUGAGAACAAUAACUGAGUCUGACAGCACACAGAUGGAUGAACCAUGCUGGGGAAGAUCAAAAUAGUAGUGUAGCAAUACUGGAGCACACACUUCUAUAAAUCACUACACGCAGCUGCAAACAGGCUGAGGUCUCACUAGCUUCUCACAAGGUUUUUCAUUCAGUUGGAAUGCCUGGAGUGUCAGUAUUUCAGGAGUAGUGUCAUUGGCAUCAAUUUCAGCAUUAACAACUCAUUCUUACACAAGCAAAAUACGACUGGGAUAGAUACAAGCUCCCUAUAAGGUUUUGUAUAGCAAAUACUGCUUCAGUUUUCCAUCAAAAACUCCUCUUGUGCUGCUAAUUUGCCUGGUAGCACAUUCUUUCAAAGGGAAUUGAAUAGUAAGGGAAAAGAUCCGAGAUUUUUCAUGAUAACGGUUAAAUGGCAAGAAACUGCACCGCUUUUAAGGUAUUUGUGCUAAUUACGUUAGUAUGUUGGUGGAGUCGUUUUUUGGAUUAUGUUGAAGGUAACCCUAGGGAGGAUGGAGGGGAUUUCUCUUGAAGCGAUAGUCAUUCGUAUGCAGUGAGAGAAGGCAGAUGCUUCCACUCCUGAAAGAGAAAAUGUGAUCAGGUGGGCAAAACCACCUGCAGUUCUCUCAGAGGAAGUGGCAGUGCACUAGCAGGUUACAGUUUAAGAGCUGCAGUCCCUGUGCUACUCUGUGUGUUGGGUACUGUAAUCGUCUGCAUCUGAGCCAUAGGGAGUUCAAAGCUAUUAUUUGACCAGCUAAAUGAACGUAUAGCUAUGUAUAGCAAGGUUUACUCAGUAUGAGAACCUCAUCUGAAAAGCUGAACUGAAGUGAAAAAUUGAACUAGAUGUUCUAGAUGCUGCUUUGUCACUGGCACUGUCAGAUAAAUAGGUGAAGCUCAAAUUAGACUUACAGUAAGUGCAAUUGACAGUUUGGCAAUAGAUUGAUGUUUGGGAGGUGAUUCUCCCUUCAUGUAAAUGUGUAUGUAUGUUCAGUGUUGUUAUUUGUGGCUGUGUUGGAUGUACAUCAGUGUGCUUUCUGAUGACAUAGUAAAUCGAUCAGACAUUCAACAAGAAACUAUGAAGGUUCAAGUUCAGUAGGGCAGUAGGGUAAAAAUAGAUGAUCCAACUGUGUCAAGUUCCUGGGUCACCGAACAGGAAGACACAAAAUGUUCACUUGGAUAACGAUUAGGUGUUACACAUCAACUCAAACUACCCCUUGCCUUGUCUUUGUUCAUCUCUCUCAUCUGCCCUGGAGAUUUUAUUUAUCAUCAACAGUAACCAAUUCAGAAAGUUUAUUCAUUUUCCCACCAAAGAAGAGUGGUAUGUAAUACCCAUUACUGUGGAUCAUUGCUGUGGUCUUUGUAAAGUACAUCAUCACUGCUACUAUCACAUGUACAGCAUCUCUUUACAUUCUGUUAUCAUUCACUCGCCUCCAUUUUUUUGUAUUGUUCACUAUGUUUCCCCAUGUGCAUUCUGGAAUGAAAUGAAGCCUUGGCUCUGUGUGAUAACCUGGAUGAACAGGGUUCUUUGUACUUGUAGUACACCUCUACAGUUGACAUACAAGAAAACCUGCUUGAGCUCUACCCAUUAAACUGAGGCUGCCAAAUCACUUAUACAGAGUGAGGGAGAUAGAAGUGGAGGUCUUAAUGCAAUUGUCUGCACAUUGAGGGUCAAAGGUGUCUUGAUGGAUUAAUGCAGCAUUUCAGCUUUAUCGGUGCAGUGCUAGCUCAGAAAGAGCUUGCCUAAAUCGCUCCAUACUCAGGGGCUAAGUUUUCUUUUCAUCAAAAAAGAAAAAAAAGUGUAUGUUUGUUUUCUAUUAUAAAUACAAAUUGAAAACGGUAUUGCUGUUCAAUGCACCCAUUCUCUUAAACAUGCUUUGCAUGAUAGAGUGGUCUUAGCUUGCUGCUUUUGGUGUCUUAAUACUAAGCACACCAAACAUGGUUUACAUGCAUUAUCACACACUCGUGCACACAUAUAAUACCACUCAUGGAGCACCACAUUCUGUCUUUCGUUGUUUGGGCAGGAAUUGUAUAUCACUCCACAAUUAAACAAAUGAAGAUGAUAUGACAGAUGACAGAUGAAGUCUUUGAAUUAAGAAAGGGUCUUCAGUGUAAGACCAGACAGGCUACAGUAUGAAAGUUAGAUGCAUGUCAGGUCAAAAGUUUGUGAAAGUGUGUAGUUUGGAUCUUGUGAAUUCCCCUUCGAAUCUCUCACAUAUUAUAGCAAUCAAUCUCUGAUAUAACUUCUUGAUUUUCCUGAUAGUCCCACUGGUUAAUGGCUCACGCUUAAAAUGAGUCUGAUCAUUUGGACUCUCCGUGCCUUUUAACAUGGACGUAUUAAUUGAUUGUUCUAGCACUUGACACUGAUCAUGCAUUUCACCAAUGUAUAUUCAAGGUCGUGUUUCUCUCAUUUUCUCUCACUACAAAGAAAAAAAAAUGAAUUUAGAUGUGUUCACAUUUUUGCCGGCCACCAUAGUGCUUCAGUUUUGCUUUAUACCAGGGCUUAGUUGGAUUUCAUGUUGUGACGUGUUCUUUAGAACGACAAUUAGCUUUUGAUAUUUGCACACCUAUGAAGUAGUCCCAGUUUUUGGACCCUAUACACUUGAAUAUCAAUUUGCCAAAUUGGAAGUUUAAGUUGAAGUUCACCCCCAGCUCUGAGCCUUCCGCAUACUUUUGGGAGAGGAGCGGGUGGCGAGGGGUAGGGGUUAGCAAAUGAACAUGAGAGGCUCAUUGCCAGGGGCUGGGCGAGUUGGGCUGCCCAUUUCAUGAUGUAGCUAUGUAGCUAUGUUUUAAUGUUAGAUGGCGUGCAGAGCUAUUUUCAACCCAUACAAUGGGAUUUUGUCAAUAUUAACACCAGCACUGAUGUGUUUCAUCCCGGUUUAGUCAUAUAAUUUAGUUUACAGCUCAAAAAAACACAUUUUACAAAGCAAAGAAUCAACAGAAUUAUGGGAUAUGCUAGCUUAGCAACGAGAGGUAUGGAACUAACAACUGGGGUUUGGCCAUAGCAACCAUCCAUGUGGAAAUAGAAUCGGCAGUUUGUCCUGUAAGUUAAGAAAAGACUUGCUGUAUGGCAGGAGGAAGUACUAGAAAUAAUGCACUUCGAGGUGUCCGCUUUUCAUAGUGGCCACAUUAUCACCUCGAACAUGCCUUAUUUUCUGCUAUACAAAUCCGUGUCAUCCAUUAUCCCUCACAUAAUUCAUAUUUUUUUGCUGCCCAGUAAUGGUCAUUUUUUAUAUACAUAUAUUAGUAAUUUUUUUUUAAAUAGUUUUGGAUUCUUGCAGUAUUAAGUUGGGAAAGAUGGUUGCAAGGCAGUGGCGUCUAAGAUUUAAAACUAUUUUGAUGGCUCCAUGUUUGGUAAAUUUACCUGCAUCCCACUGGAAAUCCAAAUUCAAUAUAGUGGAAGUUAACUUUCUGAAGUUAAAAAAGGAUUACAUGAUAAUUAGCAUAACAUCACCGAUUAGCAUAUAUACAUUAUAUAUAUUUAAAAAAAACUCCUCUCGAGCUUUCUCCAUAUAUGUGGUCGAAUGUAAGAGUCAUUAUGAAAUCUUUAAAAUCCAGUCAGUUGCAUAAAGACAUUUGACAGUUCGAGGGCACUGGGCAGUGUUCAGCCAAGUUAGGUCUAGUAUGUGUAAAUAAUUGUUCACUUUGGUCUCACUCAGUGAAAAUGUCUCUGUAAUGUUAUGUAAGCCAUUUUUGUCUUCUGGUGUUGGCAUAGUUUUCUCACACACACACACACACACACACACACACACACACUCUCUCUCUCCCAACACACACACACACACACAUGCUCUUGUCUUCAUUCUUAUUUACCCAAUGUGAUUGCAGCGGUUUGUCAGAAUAAGACUGGGGAGAUUGUGCGUGUGAUCACCUAAAAAGAAGAAAUAGAAAAAAAAAACAGGAAAUUUGCUGUAUAGUGUACUGUCAGUCUGUCAGCUUGAUAACACCCCUCUUGGUAAAUCCCCAUUAACAAAAGUCUUUCAGCAAUCCUGUAUAUGAAAAUAAUUUAGAACUUUAUAAAGACAAACCGAGAGCAUCUUUUUGUAUUGCAAUAACACUGUACAGUUCGACUUGUACCAUAUCUAGGAAAGCAUGUGUUUUAAGCUUUUUAUCUGUUCAACUUUUUCAAAGAAUGAUAUGUUAUUUAACACGCUGCUGGAUUUAACAUGUGAGUGAUGUAAAUGUCAGCAUGCUCUGUAUUCUGCUUCCUUGUGCUUCGCUGCUGUACAUGCCUUGGGCUAAGCACUGUAUUUUGAAGCUACACUUGAAAUCACUAUGGGCUUGAUAAUUUAAA